CGAUAGUGGUUUUGUAACUUAGCGCCCUCUAUCAAGUGUAAACAAGUCAAGUUUAACCUGCUAAUUUUUCCAAAAAAACGCAUUUAUUUAUUAAAAACCCCACGAUGGCAUCCGUGGAUGUCGUAAUUGAGGAGAAAAAAGACGAUGCUGUGGACCGCCAAAAGGUUUGUCCGUUUCUUUUACGUGUUUUUGUCUCAUCGAAUGGUUACCAUCACAAACCCACCGAUUAUAAUAAAGGAAAUACGCCUCAGAAUGAGUUACAAAUCUAUACUUGGAGAGAUGCAACUCUUCACGAAAUGACACAACUUGUGAAAGAAGUGAAUCCUGAAGCUAGGAGAAAAGGGACAAAGUUUAGUUUUUCGCUCGUUUUUCCCGAUAUGAGAGUCCCGAUUUAUCGUAUGAGGGAAAUUGGCACGACCACAACUGGGAUUAAAGGACCAGAUGAUUUGAAAACUUUAAGUCAAGCCAGAUUUGCGAUUGGGGAUUAUAUGGAUAUUGCAAUCACUCCGGCGGAUUCAUGGAACACAGGGGGGCGCAAGGGGUACUCCCAAAACUAUAACAAUCAUCGUCAAAGACCAUACUAGUUGUAAUUUUAAAUAAAACAAAUCUGUAUUUUUUA